UCAGAGUAAAAUGGCGGCGGUGAGCAGCGAGUCCCCCCCGCCCGUCUUCAACGGGGACGGCGCGGAGCGGGAGCCGGGGCCGGGGCCGGAGGAGCGGGAGCGCGGCCCGGAGGAGCCGGCCGAGGGCUCGCAGCCCCCCUGCCCGCCGGGGAUCCCCGGGGGCCCGCAGGAAGAGGAGAUCUGGAACAUCAAACAGAUGAUCAAACUAACGCAGGAACACCUCGAGGCUCUUCUGGACAAAUUUGGGGGAGAACACAACCCUCCCUCCAUCUACCUGGAGGCCUACGAGGAGUACACCAGUAAACUGGAUGCCCUGCAGCAGCGGGAGCAGCAGCUGCUGGAGGCCAUGGGCAACGGCACAGACUUCUCCUGCUCUACCUCAUCCGUGCCAUCGCUGCUGGAGGUCAAGAUGGGAUGCUGCGGAGCGGGAGGGGGCGCUCAGGCCUUUCCCGCGGCUCCCAACACUUUAGCCGUCCUGCAGACCCCUACGGACGCCGGCCGAGCCAACCCUCGCUCCCCGCAGAAGCCCAUCGUGAGGGUCUUCCUGCCCAACAAGCAGAGGACAGUGGUUCCCGCCCGCUGUGGGAUGACGGUGAGGGACUCGCUGAAGAAAGCGCUGAUGAUGCGAGGACUCAUCCCUGAAUGCUGUGCGGUCUACAGGAUACAGGACGGAGAGAAGAAGCCGAUCGACUGGGACACGGACAUCUCCUGGCUGACGGGGGAGGAGCUGCACGUGGAAGUGCUGGAGAACGUCCCGCUCACAACACACAACUUUGUGAGGAAGACCUUCUUCACGCUGGCCUUCUGUGACUUCUGCAGAAAGCUGCUGUUCCAGGGUUUCCGCUGUCAGACCUGCGGUUACAAGUUCCACCAGCGCUGCAGCACCGAGGUUCCUCUCAUGUGUGUCAACUACGACCAGCUGGACUUGUUGCUGGUGUCAAAGUUCUUUGAGCAUCACCCGUUCAGUCAGGAGGAGGUUUCGUCAGAGGGAACGACCCCUGUGUCCGAGGUCUGUCCGUCCCUCCCUCCGUCCGACUCCACCGGGUCUAUAUGCCACGCCACUGUGUCACCAUCCAAGUCCAUCCCCAUCCCGCCCAGCUUCCGGACCAGCGAGGAGGACCACCGUAACCAGUUCGGCCAGCGGGACCGCUCGUCCUCCGCCCCCAACGUCCACAUCAACACCAUCGAACCUGUGAACAUCGACGACCUCCUUGGAGACCAGGGCCUGCAGAGAUGUGACGGAGCCCCCCCGACCCACCCCGCCCGAUGCUUGAGGAAGCACCGCACCCGGACCUCAAGCCCCCUCCUAUACUCCUACCCCAAUGACAUAGUGUUUGAUUUUGAGCCCGAGCCGGUUUUCCGAGGCUCCACGACCGGCCUAUCAGCAACGCCUCCCGCGUCCCUACCGGGCUCACUGACCAGCGUCAAGGUUCCGCAGAAGUCGCCGUGCCCCCAGAGGGAGCGCAAGUCCUCGUCCUCGUCCGAGGACCGCAACAAGAUGAAAACUCUGGGGAGGAGGGACUCCAGCGACGACUGGGAGAUCCCCGAGGGCCAGAUCACGCUGGGGCAGAGGAUAGGAUCCGGGUCCUUCGGAACCGUCUACAAGGGGAAGUGGCACGGAGACGUGGCGGUGAAGAUGCUGAACGUCACGGCUCCGACACCUCAACAGCUCCAGGCCUUCAAGAACGAAGUGGGAGUGCUCAGGAAAACGCGCCACGUCAACAUCCUGCUGUUCAUGGGCUACACCACCAAGCCCCAGCUGGCCAUCGUGACCCAGUGGUGCGAGGGCUCCAGCCUCUACCACCACCUGCACAUCAUCGAGACCAAGUUUGAGAUGAUCAAGCUGAUCGACAUCGCCCGCCAGACGGCCCAGGGGAUGGACUACCUGCACGCCAAGUCCAUCAUCCACAGAGACCUGAAGAGCAACAAUAUUUUCCUCCAUGAGGAUCUGACGGUGAAGAUCGGGGACUUUGGUCUGGCGACGGUCAAGUCCCGCUGGAGCGGCUCGCACCAGUUUGAGCAGCUGUCUGGCUCCAUACUGUGGAUGGCUCCAGAGGUGAUCCGGUUGCAGGACAAGAACCCCUACAGCUUCCAGUCAGACGUGUACGCCUUCGGCAUCGUUCUGUACGAGCUCAUGUCCGGAGCUCUGCCCUACUCCAACAUCAACAACAGAGACCAGAUCAUCUUCAUGGUGGGCCGGGGCUACCUGUCCCCCGACCUCAGCAAGGUGCGCAGCAACUGCCCCAAGGCCAUGAAGAGGCUGAUGGCUGAGUGCCUGAAGAAGAAGAGAGAGGAGCGGCCGCUGUUCCCCCAGAUCUUGGCGUCCAUUGAGCUGCUGGCUCGCUCAUUACCCAAAAUCCACCGCAGCGCCUCGGAGCCUUCGCUAAACCGGGCCGGCUUUCAGACGGAAGACUUCAGCCUGUACGCCUGCGCCUCACCCAAGACCCCCAUCCAGGCUGGCUACGGGGAGUUCUCUGCAUUUAAGUAGCCGCAGCACAUCCCACCAUCCAUCCCGCGUCACUUCUCAGAUGUCUCAUGCCCCUGCGGUGGAUUCAUUCAUUAUUGAUUUAAAAGAAGAAAAAAAAAAGGAAAGAAUGGAUAAAGGUCUGAAAGAAUGUGCCGUGAUCUUCCUCCAUCUCCCUGAAGAGGGCGCUCUCGCCGGGGUCCUCAGCAACUCACCGACCAGCAGCCCAACGGCCACGGCCACCAAACCCAACCGGGAUAAAUAAGGAAGAAAAAACCGCAGCGGAUCAGAGAGACGGCGAAGAGGAAAAGACAUGUGAGAGACUCCGUGGAAGGACCCGUCUGCCGGAGGGAUGAGAUAAAGGCGUGUGGAGGCGCCGCGCGCUCAGCCGGCCAAUAAACUGCUCUCUGAGGAGCAGGAAGGUGGGGCCUGCGGUUGCUGCGGGAACGCCAGACAUCGUAGAGGAAGUUGCUCCGCUGGGGUUCGUCCCGGCGGAAACAAGACUCCAAAGCUGUAAUGUCCCCGUCUUUUCUGCAGCCGAGAUCCUGCUCCUGGUUGCUCUGCAGACUUGAUUUUUGUCCGUUGUCAGCUCAGCAGACAAGAAUACUGUGUUUGCCUCGUUUUGUUUUUUUUUUGCCUCCAGCAAGUUCUCCGUGUACAGAUGAGCUUUGGUCCGUGAAAAAUUCCCCCGAUGACCAGAAUCCAUAAUUGUCAGUUCUGCUUGCAGAACGGAUUGUCUUGUUUUAGCUCCAGGUGGAGGUGUUUCCACCGCCCGGGAGCCUCCCCCUUGCCCUGGAGCCUCCCCCUUGCCCGGGAGCCUCCCCCUAGCCCGGGAGCAUCCC